CCUCUGCUUCAACAUGGCGGACAGCCGCCGUGAGACCGAGGCUAACAUCGUCUCCAAAGUUUCCCAGCUGGCUGACGAUCAUUUGUACCUUAUCCGGAAUAUCAGCACUGGGUUGGCUGUAGCUGGAGUAUUUAUGUUUGCAAGAAGUAUAAAACUGACAACAAAAUUCACAAAUUGUAAAGAUAUUCCUGGAAAAUUCAUAAAGAAGAAUGUUAAACUAAGAGGAAAAUUACUCUGCGUUACUGAUAAAGGCCUGGAAAUAGAACAUGUGCCAAUUAGUCUACCUUUUAUUACAUCCUAUCAAAGGCGAUGGCAGUCACAAGGCAGUCUGCAGGUCAGACUUGCUGGAGUGGAAUUGACUCCAAGUGGCAAGAUCUGGAUACAAUAGAAACUUAAACCUUCACAAAUCUUGUGGUUUCAACUUCUGAACAGAGAAGAUUCAGUACUAGAUUGUUUUGUUAUGAUUAACCGGGGAGUAUUUUUCAAUGAAUGUCUCAACGUGGAGCUCUUGAGACAGGGACUUGGCAGAGCCAUUCAUAUCCCCGGGCUACAUAAAGACUCAAUGCAUUACUGGAAGUUUUAUAAAAGACUGUUGCAAGCAGAAGUAAAAGCACAUAAGAAAGGAAAGGGCCUUUGGAAACAGGAGAGUUACCUUCAAACAAUGAUGUAUAAAAUUCAGAAUAAUAUUGUUUUACAGCAGCUAAAACAACUAUCAAAUGUCCUAUUAAAUUAUCUGAAGAAGUACAAAACAUGAAUAAGUUUAUACUGCAACAAUAUAUCCAUUUAAAUGUAGUGUAUGUGAUUACAUUGUUUUUUUUUCCAGUUCUACAACCUUAUUUAAAAUGUUAUAAUUUAUAUCAUUAAUGUAUGGUAAAUUUCAAUCCCAUUAAUCUAGAAAAUGUAAUAAAACAUAUAUUUUCUUCAAUUAAA